CUUGAAGCAAUACAGGAUGUAAAUCUUGGGUGACCCUGUUAUUAAAGAAAAAAAGUUUGUAAUCGAGCUGGCUUACACAACGAGCUGCUUUUUCUUAAUUUUGUUGAACAUUAAGUUUGAGCAAAUCUUCGGUUACACAGGCCUACUAUAACAUGCACAUCUACAUUUAAGACUUGCGCUGGUACACAGCUAGAUUCAUUCAGGCAUGGACAUAUUCAAUCUCAGAACUGGUUGGACAUCUCUCAUCAUAUGGUUUCUGCAUCUGCUGGUCUCUGAAUGUGUCCCACUGCCAGACUCAGACCCUCUGAUGUAUGGGGAGGUCCAUUCCCCCCAGUAUCCUCAGCCCUAUCCCCCCAACUUGCAGAAGCAGUGGGACCUCAGCGUGCCUGAGGGCUUCCGGAUCAGCCUGACCUUCACGCACCUGGACAUUGAAGCAUCCGCAGACUGCUACUAUGAUUCAAUUACAGUUCUAUAUGAUGAAAAGCUGCUUGGGAAGUUUUGUGGGAAUGAAAACUCUGCUGAUGGACAUCACCCUGGCUACCAGCCCAUUUUGUCUCCAGGCAGCAGGCUCACCCUGUUAUUCCAGUCGGAUGACUACAACCCGGACCGACACCAGAAUGUGGGAUUCUCCGCUCAGUACCAAGCAAUAGACAUAGAUGAAUGCUCGGCACCAGAACCUGAGGAUGGAUCUGGUCCACUGUGUUCUCAAAUCUGCCUCAACACACUUGGGUCAUAUCUCUGUACUUGUCACCAUGGCUAUGAGCUACGUUCAGACCAGCGCUCCUGCAUGUUAUCCUGUGGCGGCGGUGUAUUUGAUGAACUAGAAGGGCAUUUGUUGAGUCCAGGUUACCCGAACCCCUCGCCUCAUGCUUUGUCCUGUCAGUAUAUCAUUUCUGUGGAGUCUGGCUUCUCUGUCUCUCUUAACUUCUCUGACAAGUUCCAUAUCGAGAGUGUGGACACUGAGGAAGGCCUACAGUGUCCCUAUCAUUGGUUGGAGGUGAACAUACCAGAUAGAAAUCCCAUGAGACUUUGUGGGGAAACAAGUCCAGGAUUAAUUAACACAAACUCAAACACUGUCAGGCUGGACUACCGCAUUGAUGAUCAGGGACAAAGCCAUGGAUGGAGCCUGGACUACAGCACACACAGAGUGAAGUGUCCAGUUCCUGAUAAAGUAGUAAAUGGAAGGGUCACUCCUUCCUUAACUGAAUACUUCUACAGAGAUCACAUCUAUGUGCGCUGUGAUGAAGGAUACAAACUAAUGAAGGAUGGUCAGGAGAUAAAGGGUUUCUCUGCCAUGUGCCAAAGCAACGGACAGUGGCAUCUCCCACUGCCUGAAUGCCAUAUAAUUGACUGUGGAGAACCUGAACCUUUGCUGAACGGAGGAGUGACUUUCCUGUCUGGCGUCCAGAAUCAGUAUCUUUCUGUUGUUCAGUAUCACUGCAAUGAACCGUUUUAUUCUUCAUAUGGUGGCAAUAACGUUACCUUCACCUGUGAAGCAGAUAGACAGUGGAGAGCCAACCAUCAGGUUAUUUUGAGACCAGUAUGUCUACCAGUUUGUGGUCGGCCAACGAAACAAAUUGAAAAUAACUUUAAGAGGAUCGUCGGAGGAAAUGAUGCUCCACAGGAUACCAUCCCUUGGCAAGCUCUAGUUAGUGUAUAUUCAAGCAGGGGAGGGGGUAUGAUCAUAGCAGAUCACUGGAUUUUGACUGCAGCUCACGUGGUUGUAGCUAAUGGACAAGUUCAACCACCUGAGGCUAUAAGAAUUUACCUUGGACAUACAGAUGCUCACAAAAUUAUAGAAGCUGGUGCUCUGACUCCAAUCGCAAUCCAUGUUCACCAUGGAUACAAUAAAUCAGACACUUAUAACAACGACAAUGAUAUUGCACUGAUAAAACUGCAAGACCCGGUUACAUUCAGUGCAUCAAUAAUGCCACUGUGUUUGCCAGAAGAAGGUGACACAUAUGAAACAGGAAUGAUGGGGCUGGUAUCUGGCUUUGGCAUUACAGACCAGGGCACAAAGCGUCUUCUAACAAAUAAGCUGAAGUAUGUGCAGGUUCCACUGGUGCUUCAGGAAAGAUGCAGUAGUUCUUUGAAGGCAGUGACCGGUACCAGGACACCAAUACUAACAGACAACAUGUUCUGCGCUGGUACUCCCGAAGGUGGACAGGACUCUUGCAAUGGUGACAGUGGGAGUGCUUUCACUCUGCAAUCUGAAGAUGGACGAUUCUGGGCUGCUGGGAUUGUCAGCUGGGGGGUUAGAUGUGGACAGAGAGGGACAUAUGGAUUUUAUACCAAAGUUGCAAACUAUGUAAAGUGGAUGAACAGGAUCAUGCAAGAGAAUUAAAGGCAAUGAGGAUUAAACACAAUAACAACUGAAGCUAUUUGUGAGACAAAAACAAAAACACCAUCACCAAAAUCUGAUCUAACAGGAUUAGAACUAAAAUACAACGUCUCAAAAAGCCAUUUAAAUCAAACUGUUAGUCUGUGAUAAAACAUAAAUAGAAAGUUAUUAGAAUUUUUUUAGAUGUUUAAUAAUUUCAUAAUUGUAAGCUGAACUGUAUUUGAUUCUGUUCAAAAAACUUUGUUCAUUUCAUGUGCAUAAAGUGGUUUAAUACAGAUGUUUUUAUAAUCCACUUUUUGUGUUUUUUGUAAAAAAUAGUUAAUUUUCAAAUAAAUAAACUGACAUUGAAAUGGUUAAAA